GCUCACCUUAUAUAUAUAAAGCGCAUGCAGGCUGUGCAUUCAUAUACCAUAAUCAUCACCAUCAUCUCGAUCUGCAGCUAGCAGCGUAUAUUUAGGAAUCAAUCCGCGUCUCUGUGACCUUGAUACGUAAAUAAAUUUUUCCGAAUGGAGAAUAUCAGAGAUAAGAUGGAGAAGAAGAAGAAGGGAUGGGAGUUGGGGGCUGAGAUGGGGGAAAUAAUGUUUGAGGGAGAAGGGGGAUCCUAUUACACCUGGUCAACCUCUAAAUUACUUCCCUUGCUGAGUGAAUCCAAGGUGGGUGCAGGACGGCUGGUGCUGGCGCCUCGCGGGUUCGCCCUUCCCCACUAUGCCGACUCCUCCAAACUUGGCUACGUUAUUCAAGGUUGCUGCGGGAGGGCUGGAAUGGUAUUCCCUAAUGCACCACAAGAGGUGGUCUUCAACCUCAAGGAAGGAGUCGUCAUACCAGUGCCCGCCGGCGUAGUCUCCUGGUGGUACAACCCCGCCGACAGCGACUCUGAUCUGGUCAUCCUGUUUCUGGGUGAAACCUUCAAAUCUCACAGUCCCGGAGACUUCACCUACUUCCUAGAAACCGGCGCUCGCGGCAUCUUACGCGGUUUCUCCCCAAAAUUCAUCAGCCAAGCUUGUCAAAUCACGCAGCGCGAAGAACAAGCCAUCGUCAAUGCCCAAACCGGCACUCUAAUCGUCAAGCUCGGAGAAGAAAAAGCAGUUGGCAUGCCUCAGCCGAGCACCGACGACGUCGCCUCCCUGACAACACACAAAAUGACUUAUGACAUUGACGGUGCGGCGGCGGACGUCCAGGUCAAGAGCGCCGGGCAGCUUACGGCGGUGACGGAGGCCAAGUUUCCGGUGCUCGGAGAGGUAGGAUUGAGCGUGAGCCGCGAAAGGAUGUGCGCAGGGGCCAUGAGCGCGCCGGUUAAUGCAGCGGAUGGGGCGGUGCGAGUGAGUUAUGUGGUGGCAGGGAGCGGUCGGGUUGAGAUGGUGGGCGUUGACGGUGAGCGCGUCGUGGACGCAGAAGUGGAGGCUGGUCACCUGUGGGUGGUGCCCAGAUUCUUUACGGUCUCCAAAGUUGCCGGCGAUGAUGGAAUAGAGACUGUCACCAUGGCAACAACUCCCCAGCCUGUUUAUGGGGAAUUGGUAGGGCCAACAUCGUUGUGGAAUGCUUUAUCUCCAGGAACCCUGCGAGCCUCCCUUGAUACAACUCCAGAGUUGGAAGAGCUUUUCAUGACGAAGAUGAGGAAGAGCACUGUUCUCAUCCCUCCAAAUAAUUAAAUCAUAUUGAUUCUACCCUAAUAUAGGAAGUAUAAUGUAUAAAACAUUUUAUUGUAUGAGUUAUGUACACUAAAAAUCCUUUUCAUGGGUAAUAAAAUGUAUUGAACUUCUUGUUCUUAACAAAAUAAA